CGAUGAACGUAAUAAACAAUAACACUCGAAUGCAGUUGAAAUAUCAUUGAAAAGGAAGCAGAAUUCAGAUCACGAUGCCAGUAAAAGGUUUUAUGGAACGUAUAAAGAGUGGUGAAGUGGUGCUAGUAGCGGAAGGUUAUCUAUUUGAGUUUGAAAGAAGAGGUUAUCUCAAGGCUGGAUCUUUCGUACCAGAAGUAGUUCUUGAUUUUCCUAACAGAGUUCGAGAACUCCAUGAGGAAUUUGUCCACGCCGGGAGUGAUGUUGUCCAGGCAUUUACAUAUUAUGGCCACCGUGAAAAGAUGAGGUUAAUUGGUAAAGAACAUCUGUUGGAAAAACUCAACAUAAAUGCCCUGAAAAUUGCACGCGAAGUAGCAGACGAAACUGGAACUUUAAUGGCGGGAAAUAUAUGUAACACGACACUUUAUCAAAAAGAUGACCCAAAGCUGUUAGAGGAAACUAGAUCUAUAUUUAAAGAACAAAUAGAAUGGGCUGUUCAGUAUGGCGCUGAUUUAAUCAUUGCUGAAACAUUUUUAGACUAUGGUGAAGCGGAAGUGGCCUUAGAUUGUAUUAAACAGUACGGCAAAGGUAUUCCAUCUGUAAUAAAUAUAGCACCAUCAGCUAUAGACACAACCUGUGAUGGAGUACCGUUUGAUGUGGCCUGUAAAAGAUUAGAAGAUGGAGGCGCUGAUGUUGUUGGACUCAACUGUAGUCGUGGUCCGGCCACAAUGAUACCUUUAAUGAGGAAAAUAAGAGAAAUGUGUAAGGGACCAAUUUGUGCUCUACCAGUACCAUACAGAACUACACCAGAACAACCAAUGAUGCAAUCACUGGUUGAUCCAGAUACAAAUCUGAUGGCUUUUCCCGAAAAUUUACCAGCCUUCCAGUGUAGCAGAUAUCAGGUCAGAGAAUUUGCCCAGCAAUGUAAAGAAAUCGGCGUUGAAGUGGUUGGAUUAUGUUGUGGUAAUGCCUCACAUUACAUGAGAGAAGUAGCUGAGGUAUAUGGUAGAAAACCUCCAGCUAGUAAAUAUUCUACAGAUAUGUCUUUACAUUAUAUGUAUGGUAGCAAGCCUCAUUUCUCCAAAUAUUACACACAGGAUUAUAAAACAUACUAUAAAAGCAAAACUGAGGCUUAGGGUUUUGGAGAAAUGAAUUUUCACAAACCCAAAUAUAUAAGAAUGACCUUCAUGGGUUUAGGGUUAGAACUUUUGUUAGUAGAAUAUGCCUGUGAUACAAAGUAUUAUUAGUAUUUAUUUUGUAUAAAUAUCUAUAGUAUAUAGGUAUUGUAUUUGUAUCUAUUUUUAGAUACUAUUUAAAAUGCAACAGCAAUGCAACUUUACAUUAUUUAAAUCUGAUCCAAUAAAAUAAAAUAUCUUAAGACACAAAUGAAAGACAACUUAAUUGAUUUUGUGUAUCGUAUUUUAAUAUUAUUGAGAUACUUCAGAGAAUAUUGAAUAUUCGUUGGUUUGGGAUUUAUUACUUUUGUUGAAUAUGGAAUAUUCAUCAAAAUUAACAUCUUUUGAAGCCUUUUAAUGUUUUAUAUCUUUUAUUUAAAACAAUAUUGAAUAUAAAAAAUGAUUUAUUCUAGUUUCCAAAUGAAUGAAAGAAAUAUAAAAUGAUGAUACAAAAAAAAACUUAUAUAAAUAUGUCAAUGAUUAUUGUGAUGAUCUUUAUAUAAAAAAUGUUUACAUGCAUAUAAAAUAAAUGUAAUUACAAAUUAUUGUUUUAUUAAAAGACUGUUAUAUA